CACAAACUGCACGCGCGAACUCUUCACCCUGUUGUCAGCAUGACAACGAACCCAAACAUACAGCCGGAGUCAUAAAGAACUUUCUCCAGGAACAAGCAGUCCUGCAACAGAUUGUCAGGCCCCCACAGAGCCCUGCUUUCAACAUCAGAAUGGGACUACAUUAAGAGACAGGAUACACUGACACGGCCUAAAUCCACAAAAGAACUGUGGCAAGUUCUCCUAACAACUUGUAAUCUACCAAGUACCUUGAAAAACUGUGCAAGACAAGUUGGUGCUGUUUUAAAGGCAAAGUCGGCAGAUGGACCAAGGACCAAGGAAAAUUCCUGUGCAUUGCGAAAACUGAUCUUCUAUCUCAAAAGGUGAAUCUUGGAGCUAAAGAGGCUAGUAAUGACCACCAGCAGCAACUCAGUUCUUAAAGAUGUUGUUGCCUAUGUUGACGUGUGGUCAUCAGACAAAAAAGCAAACUAUUCAAAACCAUUUGUUCAGCAGCUGCAGGAAAUGGGUGCUCAGAUUUCAAAAACAUUCAACAAACAAGUCACACAUGUAGUCUUCAGCAAUGGUCAUUCGGCUACGUGGACAAAGGCCAAGAAAAGUGAUGUGAAACUGGUCUCUGUUCUCUGGGUAGUCAGAUGUAACGAUGAUGGUGUGCGUGCGGAUGAGGAGUUGUAUCCAGCUUUAAAUGAAAGCAAUCCUGUGUUAAAGAACAAGAAACAUCGCUGCAUGCAGCCGAAAGAUUCUCCAGAGAGGACACCUGAGAAUGACAAGCGCAUGAGGAAAAAAUUAGAUAAGAUGAUGAAAGACCUCGCUCCAAAACAACCUCUGGUUACAGAUGUGUCGCCCAUCAUCAUCGAUGAAGAGAGUGGAAUAGUCUAUAGUCCGGCAUUGAAAAGAUCGGAUUAUAUGGCACAGCGUUUGAAAGACAUGAAAGAGAAGCGGGAAAACCUCUCACCCACUGCGUCACAAAUGGUUGAAUCCUGCUCACCCACCGGACUGAAGCCUACUAUUGGGAGCACACCAACUGUCCUCAAAUUAAUGUAUGACCAGUCAGAUGAUGAUUCCAGUGCUUCUGUUGCUGAACCUGGUUGUUCACCUGAUAAAGAAGAAGGGAGAACACAUGUUACUGACCAUGUUCAUAACGAAAAACACCACAGGAAAGGUUCUGAAAAGCCCUGGCUGUCACCCUGCCAUGAUGUGCCAAAAAGGAUUUCAAGUCCUUUGAAAUUUCCUGACCUGAUGGACAAAAAGGAUGAAGGAUGCAAUAGACAAAAAAAGUCAAGAAGGACUUCAGUCAGAAAAAAGCCUGCAGAGAAUCACAAAUCUGUAGGUUUAUUAGAAUUUCCUCGCCAGGAUACUAGUCCUGACGACAGCAAGAACUUUCAUAAAGAAAAAUCACCUAGCCCAUUACCUAACAAGUCUAAAAAGGGAAAGCGAAAAACGAAAGCAUCUAAAUCUUUUACAGAAACUAAGACCAAUAUUUGUCCUGAUGAUGGGAAUUCUUCCAGUUGCCUCUCAUCACCAGCUGUGUCAGUUGAUGCUGCAGUUGGACCGUCAAAAGAAACUGCUGCUCCGUUACAAAAACAGAAAAUACACAAACGAGCCAGACCAUCACUUUCUGCCUUGGUACGAUCUUUCACUCUAUCUGGUGAAUCUCAGAGUGUUGCCUCAGCUUCGACUGAUGGAGAUGAUAAUGUGUUUGAGGACUAUUUCUCCCCAGCUAACCACCACCAGCAACCUAAAAGACCUCUUAUGUCUAAUCUACCUGUGGAGAGGGACGUUCACAUUCCUUUUGAGUUGGACUCUGUCCCAGUGAAGAGAAAACGAAGAAGUGAAAGCGUUGGAUCUGAAACUAGCAGUAAAAAGAAUAGGAAACUGGACGAAGGUCAGAGUGGUAGAAAUCGCAAUCACCAGUCUGAUGCACACAGUCAUCCACAACAUGAUGUGAAAGAACCUCUGCCUGGAUUGGAGUCUCCAAGUACCAGUGUACCACUGGUGGCUAAAAAGCGAAGACAGAGCACCUUGCCCUUUACAAGCUCCAGUACAACGACAAGUGGUGCAGGAAAACGGAGAAGAGCAUCUACAUUAGUGCAACCAACAAUGUUAACGGAGGAUAACACAGUAUCAGAGCUACAGAAAAACUCUGUCAGUGUCCUUUCUCACACCUUGGAAAGUAGAGGAAAUGAAUGUACAGUUGCAGCUGGCUUAACAGAGAUCCCCUCUGAAGGUGAAGAAAAUCACAAUAAGCAAGUCAGCUUGAGUCUUCGGAAAAUGGUCAACAAAACAAAGGCUAUGAGAACAUUGGUCAUGACAAGCAUGCCCACUGAGCAGCAGCACACAGUGGUUCAGGUGGUGAAAGCACUGGGUGGUUUUUCAGUCGUUGACCGUGUUUGUGAGAGCACAACUCAUGUGGUGUCUGGGGGUCACCGGCGGACUCUCAAUAUUCUGUUGGGCAUAGCUCGUGGCUGCUGGAUCCUCUCUUUUGAAUGGAUUCUCUGGUGUUUGGAGCAAAGGCAGUGGAUUCCAGAGGAACCAUAUGAACUUUCAGACCAAUUUCCAGCAGCACAGAUCUGUCGUCUCCAGAGGCACCUCUCUGCCGGGGAGCACCAGCAGGACCUGUUCGAGGGCCAGCCAGCCAUGUUCGUGUCCCAGCACUCCCAGCCACCCACUCAGAGUCUGGUGGAGCUGAUCCAGCUCUGUGGAGGAACAGUCUGCAGCACCGUGCGGCAGGCAGGUAUCUGCAUAGGAAGGUACAGCGGCAGGAGACCACAGGGAAGCAGGAUCCUGUCUGAGCAGUGGGUGCUGGAUAGUAUCACACAUCUGAAGCGGCUGUCGUAUGAUAACUACGAUUUGGAGUGAAAGCUGUUGAAUUUUUGUUUUGGUUGUGAAGUUUAGUUUUGUAAAUUUUAUGCUGGACAGUGCCUCGUCUCGCCCCACAUACUCUCCCUUUCUGCCUUACAGUUUCCCUCCUUUCCAGAUUUAUUGUCUUGUUUUGCAAAUGUUUUUGAGGCUUUACAUAAAUCCUCUCAAAUAUUUUAUUUUUGAAGACUUUUAGUCUCUGGUUACCAUGGAAACGUGUGACUUAGAAAGGACUUAACCAUUCAGCAACAGUCCAUGUUACUGUGGAACUACUUGAACAUGAUGUAUGUCAGUCCUUUGUUAAUUGCAUUUUUUUUUCAUGAUGUAGCAACCACUACUUUGUACCAGUGUGUUUUCCUCAGCUAGUGACACAUGAGAUUGAGCCACAUUUUUCAUUCAUAAACAUGUGAUUUUAAAAAUACUUUCUGAGCCAGUGUAAUACUCUAAUGGAUAUAGAGAUAAAGGAUACUCUAUCCCUGAUAGAAAUGUUUUGUGAUGUUAUUGUUAAUAAAACUUUUUAAAAUUUUA